UGACCUGAGUGACCAAAAUGGCGGCGGACGCGGGAAACUUGGUGACCGAACAGCUGAUCGAAUGCAUGAAUUUCGCGGCCGUGAAGCACAAGAAUCAGCGCAGGAAAGAUCCCGACAAGACUCCGUACAUCAACCACCCUAUAGGUGUCGCCUACAUUCUGAUGAAGGAAGGUGGAAUCACAGAUGUCCAGGUGCUACAGGCUGCCUUGUUACAUGACACAGUGGAAGACACUGAAACCAGCUUCGAGGAGAUCGAAGAACUCUUUGGCGCGGAGGUUCGCGGCAUCGUCGCUGAAGUCACAGACGACAAGACGCUACCCAAGAUGGAGCGCAAACGUCUUCAAGUGGUCAACGCCCCCAAGAAGAGCCACAAGGCCAAACUGGUGAAGCUUGCUGACAAGUUGUACAACCUACGUGAUCUGGAGAGAGCAACUCCGGAGGGAUGGACGGCAGAACGCGUGACCGAAUAUUUCCGUUGGGCCGCGCAGGUCGUCGAAGGGUUGAGGGGAACCAAUGAGGCGUUAGAACACAUACUUGACGAACUGUUUAAGGCGAAAGGAAUCUUGCCUGAAACAUGAUGAUCAUUAAUAUGUUGUCAUGAUUAUGUUUACCUUUGCAGAAGGAAAACAUAUUGUUUUUGCUCUGUUUCUUCUUUUCUUCUUCUCCAA